AUGUGUCGAGUGUGGUUCGCGUGUUUUGCGCCCAUCAUCGUUGUGCUGGCUGCAUCUUUGCUGCCAGCAUCGGAACCGGCCAUCAUCCGGUUAACGUGCGAAGCUGUCGAUGGCAAGUGUUUGCUCAAAAACAUCUACGCCACCGACGAGGAUCGCUUCAAGGAGAUUCGGAACGAAGGGUAUCAAGAUUGGAUUGAGUUUUUCGAUAGCCACAUUCACACGCUGCCGCCGAUUCCGUACAUCCGCCAAGUGAAAGCGAAUGCCAUCAAUCUGGUGCGCAUCGAAGAAAACACCUUCAGCACGAUCAACGGCCUCGACGUUUCCUUCAACCGUUUGCGCGAAAUAUCUCCGAAAGCUUUCGAGUGGCCCGAGGAGCUCCACGAGCUCACUCUAAAGGGCAACCCAACGCUCAAAGACUUCGCCUUCCUUCGGUCACUUACUGGGCUCAGGCAGCUGGACAUGUCCGAGAUGAAGCUCGAGCUGGACUUGAUCGACAUCCAAACGUUCUCGAAGAUGACACAAUUGAAUAGGCUAGACAUGAGCGACAAUCGCAUCACAACGGUGCCGGUGGGCAUGUUUGCGCAUCUCACAAGCCUCGAAUCGCUCGAUUUGAGCCGUAAUUCGAUAGCAAAAAUUGCUGCAGGAGCCUUCGCUAUCAACGGCCUGGAGAUAAAGUUUAACCUGUCGAACAACAGCAUCAGCAUCAUCGAGAACAACGCAUUCAUGCACGCCUCAAAGAUCGACCUUCAAAACAACAAGCUGCUCGGUGUCGGUCCUUAUGCGUUCGACAACCAGACGAACCUGCGCACGCUGAUCAUUUCUGGCAACGUACAGUUGAAGAAUUUCGAUUUCCUACACAACCUGCCGUAUCUGUACAGCCUCGAAAUGUCCCGCAUGAACUUCUCAUUCGACGGCAUGCCACGCAACAUCUUCGACGAUCUCGCUUCGCUCACUUCGCUAGAUUUGUCGCACAAUCUGGUCACCGAGCUACCGAUCGGCAUUUUUGCCGAGCUCCAGUCGCUCAACUUUGUAAACCUUCGCCACAACCUCAUAGGGCACGUGGAAUUUGGCACGUUCUCGAUGCGCAAGUAUGACCUGAUCGAUGAGAUCGACCUAUCGUACAACGAGAUCAAGGAGAUGAACUUCCUGGUGUUUGUACCGCUCAAGUACCUGAAAACGUUACUGCUGCACGGAAACAAAAUAACGUACGUCAACGCGAAGCAACUGACGCGAAACAAAAGUCUCCAAAGCUUCGGCAUCCAGAACAAUUUGGUGCGGUGCUACGAUUUGGUCGAUCUCCUUGGUUCGCUCAAGCUAGUCCUCGAUCAGGGAGAAUUUAUCUCCGACCGACCGAACGUCGACGGUAUCAAGUGCGAGCCGUAACAACCCGGAUGUAGUAGCAGAUGUCAUCCCAAGCCGCAAAAGUUACACACAAAAUAAAA